AUGGAGCUCUGCGGGCGGCAAAAAGUCGUCCAGCGCAAGAUGGUGCUUCUGGGCGACGGUGCGUGUGGCAAGACCUCCGCCCUGAACGUGUUUACUAGAGGUUUCUUCCCGACAGUUUACGAGCCUACAGUGUUUGAUAUCUUCGUCGAUAACGUACACAUGGAGCUGUCGCUUUGGGAUACAGCAGGGCAGGAAGAAUUUGACCGAUUACGCGCGCUGUCGUACGAAGACACGCACGUGAUAAUGCUUUGCUUCAGCGUGGACAGCCCUGACUCGUUCGAAAACGUCGGAACCAAAUGGAUUACUGAGAUCUCCGAGAACUGCCCGGGAGUGAAGGUGGUGUUGACAGCGUUGAAGUGCGAUCUGAGAAAGGAUGACGAGGAGAACGAUCUCUCACACUCCGUCACAUUCGACCAGGGGUUAGCCAAGGCGAAAGAAAUCGGCGCAAUCAAAUAUCUGGAAUGCUCUGCCGUCCAGAACCGCGGGAUCAGAGAGACAUUCUACGAAGCGGCCAAGGUCGCCCUCGAGGUCAAGCCCACGGGAUCCCAAGGACAACAGUCAUGCAUCAUUCUUUAA